CAUGACGAUAUCUUGACAUACCUACAUGCUUGUCCCAAAUGUGCAUAGCUAUUUAAACAAAAUUAAUAUUUUUUACCGACAUAACAGAAAAUGUCAACAUGUCGUUUCUAAGUAGAAUUGCAGAGAAAACUUUGAGGCUCAGUGGUCUUCGGUUGAUGUCGGUGUAUCCCACACAUUACGUCGAACCUAUUGUACAGAAAGAUAAACAACUUGAGCAGAAGAAUGAACUAUCAAAGCUCUAUCAUGUCCCAAUUAAGGCUGUAGUCAACAAAUCUUCGGAUACAGUCUUCCAUGACGACACGAAGGAAAAAAUGAUAAAUUAUAUAACGAAAAAGGGCAAUAGCGCCCUGGCCAGAACACUUUUGUCGAAGACGUUGGAGUUAAUUAAACGCACGCAGACGGAGCACAUGAAUCUAGCCAAAGGGGACAAGACCGCCGUCAACACCAAUGCCGAAACGCUCUUGAAGCAAGCGGUUGAAAACUGUAGACCGAUCCUUCAAGUAACCGCCAUAAAACGCGGUGGAGUUACCUACCAAGUUCCAGUUCCCAUUACGACCAAGAGAUCAUAUUUUCUGGCCAUGAAGUGGCUCCUGGAGGCUGCCCGAGAGAAGGAGCGCAAGGUGUCUCUCCCGGAGAAACUAGCCUGGGAGAUUCUGGACGCGGCCCAUGGCCAGGGAAGAGUCGUCAAGCGAAAGGACGACUUGCAUAGGCAAUGCGAGAGCAACCGCGCCUACGCACAUUAUAGAUGGAGCUAAAUUUACGAUUUAUUACUUUUUAUAAUGCAAUAAAGUUAUCAAAUUUGUGUUUAA